AUGGGCACUGUGACUGACUUCCCUGGAUUUGAUGAGCGGGCUGAUGCAGAAACUCUUCGGAAGGCCAUGAAAGGCCUGGGCACCGAUGAGGAGACCAUUCUGACUUUGUUGACAUCUCGAAGUAAUGCUCAGCGCCAGGAAAUCAUUGCGGCCUUUAAAACACUCUUUGGCAGGGAUCUUCUGGAUGAUUUGAAAUCAGAACUGACUGGAAAAUUUGAAAAAUUAAUUGUGGCUCUGAUGAAACCCUCUCAUCUUUAUGAUGCCUAUGAAUUGAAGCAUGCUCUUAAGUUGCCCACUUACAAGUAUGGCUCGAGCCUGGAAGAUGAUGUUGUAGGGGACACUUCAGGCUACUACCAGAGGAUGUUGGUGGUUCUUCUUCAGGCUAAUCGAGACCCUGAUGCUAGAAUUGAUGAAGCUCAGGUAGAGCAAGAUGCUCAGGCUUUAUUUCAAGCUGGGGAACUCAAAUGGGGGACAGAUGAAGAAAAGUUUAUCACCAUCUUUGGAACACGAAGUGUGUCUCAUUUGAGAAGGGUGUUUGACAAAUACAUGACUAUAUCAGGAUUUCAGAUUGAGGAAACCAUUGACCGGGAGACUUCUGGUAAUUUGGAACAACUACUCCUUGCUGUUGUGAAAUCUAUUCGAAGUAUACCUGCCUACCUUGCAGAAACCCUCUACUAUGCUAUGAAGGGAGCUGGAACAGAUGACCAUACCCUCAUCAGAGUUGUGGUUUCCAGGAGUGAGAUUGAUCUGUUUAACAUAAGAAAGGAGUUUAGGAAGAAUUUUGCCACCUCCCUUUAUUCCAUGAUUAAGAGCGAUACAUCUGGGGACUAUAAGAAAGCUCUCCUGUUGCUCUGUGGAGGAGAAGAUGACUAA